CUGCAGCUUCUAGGACCCAGUUUCUUUUGCUGAUUUAAAACAAAAUGAGAAAAAAUUAAUAAAUAAAAAAGUUGUGCCUGAAAUGAAUCUUGUUUUUUUUAUAAGUAGCCGCCUGGUUCCUGUGUCCUGUGGAAUACAGGCACUUGACCCUUGGUGUAGCUUCUGUUCAACUUUAUAUCACGGGAAUGCAUUGGUCUGAUUUCUUGGCCCUCAUCUUAAAUUGGCCAUAUUCAGGGUCCCUGGYCAGUGGACUGAAGGCUUUGUCUAAGAUGACAAGGGUCAGCUCAGGGGAUGUGGGGGAGGGCGCUUUUAUCUUCCCCAUUGUCAUUUGAGGUUUUGAUCUCUGGGUAAAGAGGCCAUUUAUCUUUGUAAACAGAAAAUAUUUUGCUUUCUGCCGUUUUCUGUUAAUGGUGAAAGAAUGGAAGUGAAUAAAGUUUUACUGAUUUUUUGAGACACUAGCACCUAGCGCUUUCAUUAUUAAAACGUUCUGCGUGGGAGGGGCGGGUCUGGGUGCGGCCUGCCGCGUGACUCCUGGGUCGAAUGCCCACGUGGCUGGGGCGGGGCUUGGGCGCCCGAGGCGCAUACUGAUUGCGUAGCGGGCGGGGCCGGAAGUGCCGCUCCCUGGUGGGGGCUGUUCAUGGCGGUUCCGGGGUCUCUAGCAUUUUUCCCGGUGGACGUCCUAAAUCCGUCUGAAGCGGGGGCAGCGGAGCUUGAGGUUCUUGCUGGUGUGAAAUGACCGAGUACAAACUGGUGGUGGUUGGAGCAGGUGGUGUUGGGAAAAGCGCACUGACAAUUCAGCUAAUCCAGAACCAUUUUGUGGAUGAAUAUGAUCCCACCAUAGAGGAUUCUUACCGAAAACAGGUGGUAAUAGAUGGUGAAACCUGUCUAUUGGACAUACUGGAUACAGCUGGACAAGAGGAGUACAGUGCCAUGAGAGACCAAUACAUGAGGACAGGCGAAGGCUUCCUCUGUGUAUUUGCCAUCAAUAAUAGCAAAUCAUUUGCAGAUAUUAACCUCUACAGGGAGCAGAUUAAGCGCGUAAAAGACUCAGACGAUGUACCUAUGGUGCUGGUAGGAAACAAGUGUGAUUUGCCAACAAGAACAGUUGACACAAAACAAGCCCAUGAAUUGGCCAAGAGUUAUGGAAUUCCRUUCAUUGAAACCUCAGCCAAGACCAGACAGGGUGUUGAAGAUGCUUUUUACACACUGGUAAGAGAAAUACGCCAGUACCGAAUGAAAAAACUCAACAGCAGUGAUGAUGGAACUCAAGGUUGUAUGGGGUUGCCAUGUGUGGUGAUGUAACAAGUUAUUUACAAAGUUCUGUCAUCAAAAAAAGAGCCACUUUCAAGCUGCACUGAUACCCUGGUCCUGACUUCCCUGGAGGAGAAGUAUCCCUGUUGCUCUCUUCAUCUCAGAGAAGCUCCUGCUACUUCCCCAACUCUCAGUAGAUGAACACAACAGUCUCUGCUUGAGAAUUUCUCAGAAUAACUACCUCCUCACUUGGUUGUCUGACCAGAGAAAUGCAUCUCUUUUUAUUCCCUAAUAGUUUUCCACCCUGGGUUCUCCCCUUAGAAACAAACACACCUCCAUCACCCAUGUUUUUCAUCGAAAGCCAAUUCAUGCUCUGAAACAGAGAACCAAACUAGACAUGAAAUUCUGUUGAAAACAGUUCCUUGAGCGCUAAAGUAGCAACUGCUGGUGAUUUUUUUUUUUUUCUUUUUUUACUGUUGAACUUGGACCUAUUUUAGCUUUUGGAGAAAUGUCAUGAAUUAAUGUUUUGCCAAGAAUAUAAUUAAUGUUGCAGAUUGGUUUAUUUGUAAUGUUAUCAACUAUAGUCUAUAAACUGGCAUCUGCACUGUAUUCAUAAAUACUAAAGUGAAUGCUAACUUUUGAGUCGAUCCUACUCUUCUCAUCUUUCAUGAAAUUAAAUCCACCUUUCACAACAAAGUGCCUUUUUCCUAGAAGUGAUUUGUAGACUUUCUUUAUAAUACUUCACUGGAAUAGAUGUGUCAAAAACCAUUAUACCUGAAAAUGAAUAUCUAUGACCCAUCUACAUUUAAGGAAAAGAUAUACAAUAGCAGAUGCCAUUGUUUAUGUAUGUGAAGAUGGUUUUCCAGAAGCCUAUUUUGGAGCUUUCCCUGGGGAAAAAUGAAACUGGAAGCAAUUAUGGAUAAUUUUACUUAAUUUUUAUCUUGUCUCCACUUUUUCGGUAGAUUACUACCUAUAAAUGUAUGUAAUUUGUUUCUUUUAGCUUAUUGAUAAUAUCAUGUUCAAUGAACUUCCAUUUAUAUUCAUAUUUGGGUCAUACCAGAAAGCUCUACAUUUGCAGUUAUUCAAAUAUUAUAACAAUUUGGUGUAAUGUUAUUUUAUAGCUAUAAUCAGUGAUUUUCAAACCUCAAAUACAGUAUGUUAACAGAUUACAUUUUCACUGCAUAUCAUAGUCUCUUAGUGAUGUAUGUAACUGCCCUCAAUCCCCUUCUCACUCUACUCUCUGCCCCUCACCCCACAGCAGUAGGGGCUUGAUUAAUUAUUUCAGUUGAGUAAAGCAUGGUGCUAAUGGACCGGGGUCACAGUUUCUAAACUUGAACAAGCCAGGUAGCAUCACGCAGAGAAAAAUUCCACAUUUGCUCCCUGCACCAGUAACUCCAGCCAGUAGUUCUGUUGGAUGCCUGCUGUUAACCCUGCAAGGAAAGAAGAGGUUAAUAAGCAUGAAUCCUCUACCAUGACUAGAAAAGUUUGGUAUUCUAAGGAGAUUCAGCUUAGAAGUUUUUAUAUUUCAACCUCCCCCCUCUUCAACUUGGAAACUAAGCCAAUAUUUUUUUCUCAUUUUUUGAGAAUGAGGGUGCCUCAAAAAAUUGUUUUUAAUUUAUAAUAUUCUCUGAGGGGUUUUAAAUAGAUGGUGAUAAAUUAGUCUGCAUAGUAGACAAAAAAAAAAAGCUGAUGAAUUUGUUCAAAACAUAAAAUAGCCUUUGGGUUGAAAUUGCUGAGGAAAGAAUAGAAAUAUAAUUAAUUAUUAGGAGUAUGCGGAGGAAUGAUAUUUCCAUUUAUAGGUAAUGCCUUGGGUAAUUUUCCUUUCUUUUUUGGUGGCUUGGGGAUCAAACCCAGGGCCUUACAUAUGCUAACCAUGAGCUACAUAGCCAGCCCCAGGAAUUCUAAGGAAAAGUAGAUUUGGAUAACUUUUGAUAAAGGCCUAAUUCCAGAAUGAACACUUAAUGUUCUAAUGUCUGAACAUUUACUGAGGUUUUUGUUUUCUAAUAUGAAUUUUCAUUUAUUAAGCAGACUCCACAUUAUCCGGAAAUGAGUUCAAGGACAGUAGAAGAAACAUAUACUAUGCCCAGAUUAUAAUAAAUUCAAGAGUUGUGCUCCUUAGUGCUAAUGCUAGGAGCAUUCACAGUAGGGUUGUCACCUACAAAUGAAACUCUGUGCUGCUUUGUGUCUGCCCCUUUUGCUCUGUCAUUUUCCUGAGGCUAGAUUGAGACCACCUCACUUGAACUCUUAUGUGUGUGUGUAUGUGAUAGCAAUGUGAACCUAAAGAGUUUUUUAAAUUUAAUGUCAAAUUAGGGAGAAAAAUAGUUACUCCUUUUGGGCUGUAGUGGCCUUAGCCCUUGUAUGUAUGUAUCUAUAGUUUUCUUAGAUAUGUUGUAAGCACAGAAGUACAGAAAU